AGGCCGGUGCUGUGCACUGUUGGAGACAGCGGUGCCCCGCAGCCCCGGACUAGCCCUUGGGAUCUCCACAGCCCCAUGCCAGCCUUCGCUCCCCCCGCCCCCCAGAUGAGUGUCCUCAUCCCCCUCUUGCAGAAGGAGAAACUGAGGCGCGGAGCAGUGGAGUGACUCGCCCAGGGCCAGUGGCCCCUUGUGCUAACAAGCCCGCAUUGCUGCUGGGUAAUAGUAGCAGUUUGUAAUGUGGGAAGGAAGCGUUAAGGCACUAGAGAUGCCUAAUUCUGCUAGUGCUUUGGGGUCCUUAUACACAUCCCCCUUCUUAGUGACUAACCCGGAUGGACUGAAAUGAUGAUGGGGGUUCGUUAGCAACAGCUGCUUCCGUAUACCAAGCUGUGGACCUGAUUCUCCACCCACACCAGUUUUACCCCAGUGUAACGCCAUUUGAAUUACUCUUGAUUUACACGUGUCUGUGAGGAGAAUCACACCCUACAUACAGGGCUUAGUUUGCUUAGUACUGGACUGUGCCCACCUUCGGCGGUUAAUAACAUAUAGGGACAGGCAGAGAGAUGUUGUCCAUGUAUAGAACCAUGUGCACUUUUUAAGCUUUUGGUAAGGUUUAGUUUCUGAUGACAACUGGCAGGUUAGCUUUGUUUUUUGUUGGCUCAUGUGUUAACACACAGCUACAUCUCUCUCUUUCUCUAACUGCAUUCAUUGUGUCAGUGAUAAUCUUAUCUAUGAUGGCAGGGCUGCCUUUGGAAAUGAUUGGGAUAGGCAGGAACUAGGUAACCACUCAAUUGGUACAAACUUAAUAUGUCUACCUACACCCCUCCCCAGCAAUUCAGCACAGGAGAUGAUAUAGUAUCCCAUUGUAGCUACCCAGAGGAUUUUAGGUGGGUCGAAUGCAGUUCCCCAUGGGAAAUUUGGCCAGGACUUUGAAGAGCAUAUGAAAUGCUUUACGGAAAGUAUAAUUAAAUUGAUGUGGGGAGGGGGGAUUGCUUUAGCUUCUUGAAUAUACUGAGGGUUUGAUUUGGCAGUUGGCUGCUUCCUCCCUAAAUAUGUGACUUCAAAAACCAAAUGGAAUGGUCCCCUGAGGCUUUCUGAGGGGGUGGGUGACAUCAGAGCUGUGAGUUACACUCUGCUUUCGCCCUGAUCCUCAGAUCACUUUGCAACUGGUUCUUUUCUCUCUUCUCCAUGAUCUCUUCUCCCUGCCCUCCUCCCAACACCCUCAGCAAUUACUGAGCUUCAUUUCUUUGUCCUCCAUAUAGUGAUUAUUUCACUUCUCCGCCUCAAUUUGACCCAUUAUUUUACCUCUCCCUCCCCCUUCCCCAAGUGGGCUCCAAUCCUGUCUUCCUCUCCUUUGUCCCCUAUCCAGGGUAACCCUCUGCUUGGUUUCAGUAUCCACAACCUUUAUCCCUUCACAUUUAGCUCUACCUCUAAGCAGUAAGUGCCUGCACUGUGGCCAGAACUGAGCGCUGCUGGUGACCUCUUAUGAUGCUUUAAAGCAGUUUUCUAUGCACCUCUUUGGCACUGGAUAAUGCUGAGCCACUCCUCAGUGUUAAAUUGAUGAUUGAGGAAUGGUGCCAAGCUGACUGCUAAAGGCAAGGAAGUUGGGGAAUGUGAUGAAAUGAACCUUCAUGCUUAUGUUGCUUGUGUGCUUGUUUUGCAGAGAAAUUUCUCCCAUGUCUACUUAGGGAAAGGGCCUUCCAAGAUGAGGCCCUGAUAAUACCCACCAUAUUUUCCUCUAAGCUCCCCAAUCUGCUAGACCAGUGAUCCCAACCUUUUCCAGAUUGUGACGCCAUGUAACAACAAAAAAGAAUUUGAGGACAUCCCUUUCGUCUGGCCAUAAAGAAAAGGAGGAUGGUCAUGACCAGCCUGGACCUGCUGGGAGCUUCUGACCAACCCUUCCUCCCCCGCCCCGGAUCAAGAUCCAGGGUGAGCAAGGAAAGAAGUGAGGGCCCUGCAUUAGUGACUGCCUCGAAAAUUCCACUUGCACAAAAUCAGACCUAUAGCAAAGACAGGGCACAUGCAGGUUUAACAAAGCAGUUAACCAUCAGGGCCCUCUGUCUUUCAAGUUAGAUAGCUCUUGGUGGAAACAGUGCUCGUAUUGUCCUGCACCACUGGAGUCGGAGAGCAUGAGUCUUCUACAAUGAGCUCAAUCAAACUAAGCCCACGCAAAUAUACGGCAAAGCCUGCACUUCAGGACUUGAGGCAGAUAUGAGUGAAUGGCCCAACAAUAGUUGCCUACCAGCCCCAUUAAGCUAUUCUCUACAGAUGCUGUUUUAAAUCCUUCCAUAAAACCUACCUCUGCUGUGAUACCUACAGAUCACUGUCAGCUGGCAUUGGUUAGUGUUAUUCCCUGCAUCGUGACUUUUCCAUCAUGUCAGAACCUAUAACACUCAACGUUGGAGGAAAACUGUACACCACUUCCCUGUCUACUUUAACUAGUUUUCCAGACUCCAUGCUGGGCGCCAUGUUCAGUGGAAAGAUGCCAACCAAGAGGGAUAGCCAAGGCUACUGCUUCAUUGACCGAGAUGGCAAAGUGUUCCGCUACAUCUUGAACUUCUUGAGAACUUCCCACCUGGACCUCCCUGAGGACUUCCAGGAAAUGGGCUUGCUGCGACGGGAGGCGGAUUUUUAUCAGGUUCAGCCACUGAUUGAAGCGUUGCAAGAGAAGGAGGUGGAGCUCUCCAAAGCUGAGAAGAACGCCAUGCUCAACAUCACCUUGGAUCAGAGGACACAGACAGUUCACUUCACUGUUCGGGAAGCGCCCCAGAUCUACAGCCUGUCUUCCUCCAGCAUGGAAGUAUUUAGCGCCCACAUAUUCAGCACCUCAUCUCUGUUCUUGAAGCUCCUGGGUUCCAGACUUUACUAUUGCUUCAACGGCAACCUGUCUUCAAUAUCCAGCUACCUGCAGGACCCCAACCACUUGACCUUGGAUUGGGUCGCGACUGUGGAAGGCCUGCCAGAAGAGGAGUACACUAGACAGAACUUAAAGAGACUUUGGGUGGUGCCAGCUAAUACGCAAAUUAAUAGCUUCCAGGUAUUUGUGGAAGAGGUGCUAAAAAUAGCCAUGAGUGAUGGGUUUUGUGUGGAUUCCUCCCACCCCCAUGCCUCUGAUUUCAUGAAUAAUAAGAUUAUUCGACUAAUUCGGUACAAGUAGAAAUAGCCUGUUGUGAUGGUAUUAGGAAAUACAUAACCAAACACAGUGUUUUAUUUUAAGACCCACUUCGAGACACUGUAACAAACAGCCUAAUACAAAAUAAUGUGAUAAUCUGUACUAAGAAUCACUAACUGUGAGUUGAUUUUCCUGUACUGAAUUUACCAAUGUCCUUUCAGAAUAUGUCUAUAUUCUAGGUGGAUGGAAUGCUGUCUAUUGGCUUGAGCAGGGUCUAGGAAUUAAGGAGUCCUGGGCUCCAUUUCUGCCUCCGCCACUGACUCACUGUGUGAUUGUGGGCAGGUCACUUAAUUUCUCUCUGACUCUGUUUUCCCAUCGGAAAACAGGGAUAGUAAUAUUUAACCUACUUCAAAAGAAUGCCAUGAGGCUUAAAUAAUGAGGUUUACAAAUCGCCUUGAGAUCAUCCAAUGCAGCGUUCCAGAGCUGCAGAGUUGUAGUAAGUGCAGUGGGUUUGAGUCUCCACCACGUUGCACGUUGUGUAGCCAAUUUUACUUGGCCAGAGUGGAUGUAGAAUGCUACCAAGUCAGCAGGAUAGAGGUUUCACACACACUUUACACAGGUAUAAAUGACCAUGCAAGGAAGCGGAGAAUCUGGCUUAGAGUGUUCAAACUGAAGUCUUCUUUUCCCUGUAAUGAAUCCUCAAUCCUGUUCUUCUAUUGAAGUAGUCAUGUUUGCACUGGGCAGUUGGUAUCGCAAAUGACGAAGGAUGCCAUUGCAGACAGAAUAAUGCUGUCUAUGUGGGUUUUGUUUAAACAUGCUUUGGAUACACAGGAGCGCCGCCAGCUUUCCUGCCGCCCUAGGCGGUGGAAGGUCCUGCCCCGAAACGCCGCCCCCCCCACAGAGGCAGUGGAAGGUCCCACCGCCGAAAUACCGCUGCGGUCGCUGCCCCCCAAAUUGUAGUGCCCUAAUGGGUUGUGCCGGCCCUGUGGGUACACUUAAACCCUUACCAAUUACGCUCUAAUGCAUGAAAGGUAACUAGAUUUGGUCUUUCUCAUAUGGGUAUGUGUGUCUGGAGGAUACCGCUGAAAACAUUUUUUGUUCUGGAGACAAUUAACAGAAUAGAGUGUAUCAGCCCCAAAUGUCUUCUAAAUAGUUUGAACCACAUCUACCCAUGUCCCACACCUUCUCUUUGGGCACAUGCUCCCCAGGGCAGAUGGGUAAUGAAGGAUUAAGGGCUGAACGAAACAUAGUUUGCCUUUUGGAAUACAAACCAUCCCUUCUAUAAGAUUAUGCAUGAUAUGUUUUCUAAUUACUGUUCUUCAGUAAAGACCAGGGGCCUGAUUCUCGUUUGCCUUGCACCUUGUGCAUUUGUUUACACCGGUGCCAAGUGCAUCUUGUAAAAGACUACCCAGUCAGAAUGGAAGCAUUUUACACCCUCUGUGCUUGGGUGUAAAUGACUACACAAGGGGCAGGGAAAUGGAGAACCAGCCCAGUAGAAAUGGUGGAAGGGGGGGAAAUGGCCAAGCACUUUAACUAAGGCCUUGUCUACACCAGAGGUUCUCAACCUUUUUCUUUCUGAAGCUCCCCUCCCCCCCAACAUGCUAUUAAAAACUUCACGGCCCACCUGUUCCACAAUAACUGGCUUUCUGUAUAUAAAAGCCAGGGUCGGCCUUAGCGGGUAGCAAGCAGGUCUAUUGCCUGGGGCCCCAUGCCCCGGGGGCCCCCACGAAGCUCCAUUGCUCAGGCUUCAGCCCCGGGUGGCGGGGCUCUGGGAACUGGGCUUCAACCCUAUGCCAUGGGGCUUCGGCCCUAUGUGAUGGGGUUCGCCAGGGGUCGGCAACCUUUGGCACGCGGCCCAUCAGGGUAAUCUGCUGACAGGCCGCGAGACAUUUUGUUUACGUUGACCAUCUGCAGGUAUGGCCCGCCGCAGCUCCCAGUGGCCGCGAUUUGCCAUUCCCAGCCAAUGGGAGCUGCGGGAAGCGGCGGGCCACUGGGAUGUGUCUUUCUGAACAAGGUUGUCACACUCAAGCACUGACUACACUGGCAAACCUCUGGAUAUCGCUCACCAUCUGUCAUCUGUAAUGAGACAGAAGGGAGAAUACAGUGAUCUGUAAGGCAUCCAAUAACUAGCAUCCAUACCUGCAUUUUUACUGUCUCCAGAAGCUUUUAAAUCAGGUCUGUGUUUCUACAAAGCUUAGCCUUAUCCUAGUCCUUGCUUCCUAAAGUACUAUGGCACAGUACCAACCCAGUUUAUAUGUAACCAUGGUAUAGGAGUUGUAUUUUGUUAAAAUGUAUAAGACCUCUUCAACUUUACUAGCCCAAGCUGCAAUGGCUGUAGAUGGUAAAAACCCAGAUACUGCAGCAAGUGGUGUUACAUGUCAAGCCACCAACACCACUCCCAAUGAAUCAGUGCUGUACCAAUGCAGCUGUGUGAUAUGAGAGGCACCAUGCUGUGGGAGAUGUUGCCUUUUGGAUGAAAUGUAAAAUGGAGGUCCUGACCCUUUAUAGCCAUUAAAAAUCAUCUGGAAACUUUCAGAAGAUUGAGGAUGUUAAUCCUGAUCUCCUGUCCAAGAUCCAACAUGAAAAAUGAUGUUCUUCCCAUUUAAAAUCCCCUUGCCGUUUCAAAUGGAUCAAGUAGCAUUCUUCCCUCCCUGUCUGAAACUGCUGUGCGGUGUUAAACAACGGCCAUAUUCCACACCAGAGGUAGCUGCAUGUCAGUGGUGAAGCAAAGUGAUUCCUGUGUGAAUCUAUCUUAUACAAAGAGUUUAUAGUUAAACUGGAUGCUAAUGUGUUAUACAGUACUCAUCAUUUUACAUCCUCUGAAUAGUUUGACCUGCAAGAUCUCAGAAGCUGCCUGCUCUAACCAAAGCUGUGUCAUAAAGCAAAUAAAAUUAAUUUGGAAGUA